AUGUCAAGAAAUAAUACUGUUAAAGAAACUUCUACUAGAGAAGAAAACCAAUUUCAAGCUUAUUUUUCUGAAUCAUACAGAUCAAAAAUUGCAGUAUCUUCUGAUAUACAUCCUAUAUCUCAACUAUUUAAGAUAGAACAUGAUCCAAUUGAAGAAGGAAUAUCAUCUAUAAAUAUAAUGCAUUGUAAAAAGAAAAGAAAGAGGAUUGAUCACUAUAGAAAACCUAAUGAAGAAAUUAUUGAUUCCAAUCAAUCAUAUAACUCUUCUAGUGAUAAAGAGGAUUCAGUUAAUGAGGAUUUGGUUGAUGAGAAAAUUGAUGAAAAAUAUAUGCUAAAUGAAGAUGUUCCAGUUGAUUUAUUCACAGCUCCUAAUUUUGAUGAUUUCGAUGAUGGACCAAAAAGAUUUCAGCUACCAGAUAUUGCACUUAAUGCGUUAAUUAGGUUUUUUGAUCUUGUUUUAAAAGAUGCUAAUUCACAAAGAUUUAAAAAUUUUCCUUCGACCGCUUAUAUGACACGUAAAUUAUUUGACAUUAAAAAAAAAUCAAAAAUAUUUGCAGUAUGUCCGGAUUGCAAUAAAUUGUAUAAUAUCAAUGAAAUAAUUAAAGAUAAUACUAAUUUUACUGGAUUCAAAUCAGUUAAAGGUCAUGUUUGGCAUCCAAAAAUGAUAUACAUAUUACCAUCUUUAAAGACUCAAUUAGUCACAAUAUAUCAAAGAUCAGGUUUUGAACAGAAUUUGAAAAAAUGGACUAAUCGAAAUGUUGAAGCUGGUAUGAUGUUAGAUAUUUAUGAAGGAGAAGUAUGA